CAUAUUAGUGACUUCGUCCAAUCUGGUCACAUCGGACUAUUCAAACGCUCAUCAUGAUUCAUGUCGACGUCGGUCAUUUCAUGAGGCGGCCGCCGCUACAACCAUACCCCACAAAUGGCAUUUGGUGUUGAGUGCAUCAGUCAUGCACUUCGCACCUGCUUACACAAACUGACAUCCAUUUUUCUUUAUAGUCCAAGAGGUACUUCAAGUUGGGCUUGUGCCCUACCGUGAUGUCAGUGUUGACAAGGAUAUCCGAGUCUGGGUCAUUUACCCAGCCCAACGACGAUGCUGCUACCAUAAAAACCGACGUGUCUGCCUCACAAGAUGCCGAGGGUGAUCCAUACCUCGUCGUCCUCGAGCCACAUGAUAAUCCGCAGAAUAUGUCCUUGUUCAGACGGUGGCUUGCAGUCCUAAUCAUCAGUUCCGGCUCUCUAUGCGUGGCGUGUGAUUCUUCGAUUGCUGCGUUCACAGAACAGGGUGCCGCCCAAACGUUCCAUGUCUCACAUGAAGUGACCAUUCUCGGAAUUAGUCUGUAUGUGACAGGCCUCGGAAUUGGACCGCUCUUCGUUGGCCCGUUGUCCGAAGUGUAUGGCCGAAAUGUUGUAUACCAAGCAUCUUAUGUGUUUUUCUUCAUCUUCACAUUCCCCAUAGUGUUCGCUCCUAACAUCGCUGUUUUCUUGGUCUUUCGCCUCAUCACUGGAUUCUGCGGAUCAGCCUUUUUGAGUGUAGCUGGAGGUAGUGUAAGCGAUAUGUUUCCGAAUUCGAGUAUUGCAAGUCCAAUGGCUGUGUAUACAAUAUCUCCAUUUAUAGGACCAGUGGCUGGUCCUUUGAUUGCUGCAUUCAUCAAUCAGCACCUAUACUGGGAAUGGACGUAUCGAGUGCAAUUGUGCUGGAUUUUUGUAGAGUUGCUGAUGUUGGCUACAUUUGUUCCUGAGACGUACGUCCCAGUAAUCCUGAAGAAGAAGGCAAAAAGACUACGGGAGUCGACUGGAGAUUCGAAGUUUUACGCUCCUUUGGACAGACGGGAAGGCAGCCUCGCUUCUGCUGUCCUCGUAAGUUGCUACACACCGUUUCAAUUACUUCUAUUCGACCGAAUGGCACUGCUCUUGGAUUCCUGGAAUGCUCUUAUUCUUGGAAUCCUAUACCUGGCAUUCCAAGCAUUCCCUAUUAUUUUCGGAGAUAUUCAUAGAUUUAAUAUGCAAACCACUGGACUAGCGUUCAUUGGAAUUGGACUCGGGAUGCUUUCGGCCAUUUCCACACAACCGCUCUGGAACAGACUAUAUGCCCGUGAAACUGCCAAAUACAACGGUGAUCCACCUCCCGAGAUGAGGCUUAUUAUGGGUCAAGUUGGAGCUAUACUCGUGCCAGUGGGUUUGUUCUGGCUUGCGUUCACUACAUAUCCACAAGUCCACUGGAUUGCCCCAAUCAUUGCAUCUGUACCUUUCGGCUCAGGGAUAUAUUUUGUUUUCACGUCAACAUUCACGUACCUUGUCACUGCCUACCGCCCAAUCGCUGCCUCUGCCAUGGCAAGUAACAGCGCAAUGCGAUCUGCAUUUGCCGUUGCAUUUCCGCUAUUCGCUGGAGUCAUGUAUGGUGGACUGGGAACUGUUGGCGCUACCGCUCUUUUGGCCGGCCUCGCAACGCUCAUGGCGCCAUUACCGUGAGUCGAACAAACACCAAGUGGUAUGCAACAUUGACCCUCAUUUCUGAACGUCAGAUUCAUAUUUUACCGAAUUGGCGCGCGAUUGCGGAAGAGUUCCCGUUUCGCAGCACAUUGAUCCUUUUACUCAUACGACCUAUAGAUAUUAAUAUUGUAAAACACUAAAGCUUCAACGCAUCGCCAACUUAAUUUAUGAAUUGACACAU